AUGGCGCUGAAAUCCGCAAUCCGCAAUCUGCGGAGUAACCCCCAUCUUCUAUUCGUUCGCCUGCCCAAACUCCUCUCUCUCCUUUGCAUCGUGGUUGGAGUCGCCUGGCUGCUCCUGCUGCCUCUAAACGAAUACUCUCGACGUACCUAUAUCUCCGAGAACGCGCUACUGCCAGGACAGGUUCACGCAUACUUCACGGGCAGCGAGCAGAACAUCUUCCGGGGAUAUAAGAAGGAGCUGCAAGCGAUCUUGAAUGACGAAACAAAGGGCAAGUCGGAAGUGACCGCAGGGGUCUCGGAUAAGGUGCAGUCCAUUUUCGAGGAGGCGGGACUCAAGUUCGCCAGGCAGAAGUAUGAGUACAACUCCGCUGGAAACACACACGAAGGCGAGAACUCCUAUGCUAUAAUUCAUGCGCCGCGCGGUGAUGCCACGGAGGCAAUUGUGUUAGUUGCACCGUGGUUGACGGCCGAUGAUAAGUUGAACCUGAAUGGUGUCACGCUUGCCCUCACGCUGGCUAGAUAUUUCAAGAGGUGGUCGUUAUGGUCCAAGGAUAUUAUCUUCUUGAUUACCCCCGACAGCAAGACCGGAACUCAGGCUUGGAUUGAUGCUUAUCAUGAUAUGCAUCCAGCCUCAGUGCAGCCUUUGCCGCUGAAGAGUGGAGCUCUGCAGGGUGCCUUGGUUAUUGAAUACCCUCUCGAGCACCGCUUCCAGACACUACACAUUGUCUAUGACGGAGUCAACGGCCAGCUUCCCAACCUCGAUCUAUUCAACACCGCCGUGUCUAUUGCAGGUGGCCAGAUGGGCAUCGGUGCUAAUCUGCAGGAGAUGUGGAAUCAUGAUGACAGCUACGAGCAUCGUCUGCAAACCAUGGUCCGUGGCAUGACCAAGCAGGGCCUCGGAUAUGCCACCGGCGCUCACAGCAGCUUCAUGCCGUACCACAUCGAUGCUAUCACUCUGCAAACCAAAGGCGAGGGUUGGGAAGAUGAAAUGGCUCUUGGCCGGACCAUCGAGUCUCUCUGUCGCAGUCUGAACAACCUGCUAGAGCACCUGCACCAGAGCUUCUUCUUCUACUUGCUCAUGCAGUCAAACCGUUUCGUCAGUAUUGGAACUUAUCUUCCUAGUGCCAUGCUGCUCGCUGGAAACUUCACUAUCAUGGCCAUUGCGCUGUGGAUGCGCACAGGAUACUACCCAGAGAGCAAGCCUGUUCAGUCCAAGGGCGAGAAAGCAUCUGCCGAGAAGGCGAAGACGAGCAAUAUCGCUGAGCGAAAGCUAGCCCUCCCUCUGUCCCUUGUUGUUGGGCUUCAUCUCCUCGGUCUUGUGCCACUCUGGGUCUUCAACAACAUUUCUCACCAAUAUUUCACCACGAUUACCUACGUCGUACUUGGCGUGGAUAUCAUUCUCCCACUAUCUCUCGCCGCAAUCCUAUCAAAUGGCCUGGGGCUAUCAAAGCCUCUCAUCCCCCAACAAUACCACCUCAUCAAAUCAUUCUCUCUCCUCCUCCUUGGACUCUCCCUUUCAACCCUUGCCACCCUCAACUUCUCCCUUUCAUUCAUAAUCGGUCUGCUUUGCACGCCGCUCAGCUUCAUGGCCCGGCUGCAGGGCCCUGCGCCUGCCCGCCUCGCCACUUCCGGUCUAGGCCUGAUUCUCCUCAACCUUCUCUCCCCACCUACUGUCCUCCUCGGCGUCUGCUGGUACACCAAUGUCUCAGUUGAGACAGUUCUCACCGAGGCAGCCUUUGGCUGGGAUGUUUGGGGCAUGUGGACACAGGUUGUUGUCUGGUGUGUGUGGUGGCCUGCUUGGUUGAUUGGCGGAGUUUUGCUUGGGUCCUCGAUUUUCUGA